AGCGGAAAUGAAAGUUCACUAGCGACAGCAGCGGAGCACAGCUAAAAAAGAGCUGUGAGGUCAUGGCAGCUGCCAGCGUGAGCAGACCUGGCGGUGCCCAGACCACUGAAAAGUCUCAGUUGAUCUUAAAAGUGGUUUCAGCGAAGCCCCAGUCUCCCAAGCUGCCAAACCGUCACUCUCGACUCAGCUCCUUUGUCGAGGUGACUGCAGACGGCCUCACCAGUGAAACCAAAAAAACAGGCAAACGCAGCGGACACCUCGAGCUGCAGUGGAAUGAAGACCUCACCCUUAAUGUGACACCUCAGAGUCGUCUGGAUCUGAAGCUGUGGAGCUGCCACACCCUGAGGAAGGAGCUACUGGGCAGCGCCACUAUAGACCUGCUGGACACACUGCGCACACACGAUGGCAAGAUGGAGAAUGUCCAGCUGAGUCUGGUGCUGCAGACGGAGAACAAAGGCUCGGUUGUAGCGGGAGGCGAGCUCAACGUCUGUCUCGACGGCAUGGUUGUUGAUCUGGGCACGCUGCCGAAUGGCAGCACGGCAGCAGACAAGAUACUUCAGGCAGACAGACCCAACCUGAGGAGGACACAGAGUGAGGAAACUCCCAGUACAGCUGAAUCUCAUAGCAGGAGUAACAGGCACUCAGUGGGAGGUUCCCAGGGCAGCUCCCCAGGGUGCUCCAGAGGGGGCUCACUGACAAACGGGGACCUGAAUGAGGAGCAGAUCUCUGGGGCGGGCUCGUCUGCUCGCCAUCGGUCCUCCAAGAGUCACUUCAGCCCUGGAAGCAGUGCAGACAAAGUUGAGUUGACGUCUAACGGGCUGGAGAGUCGCGGGGGCGUGGCCCGUCACACACCUCCUCCAUCCUCUCCAUCAGGUCGAUCCCCAGCUGCCAGUAGCAGCAGCAGUAGCCCUUCUCCAGGUCAGGAUGCCCUGGGUCCGGCCACGCCGGCGGAGCCCACUCCCAACGCCACCUCCAGCACCGAGCAGGCCAGCAACAGCACCACAGAGUCCAACACAGACUCACUCCCGGCAGGCUGGGAGCAGAGGGUGUUGCCUCAUGGAAGAGUGUACUAUGUUGACCACAACACUAAAACGACAACCUGGGAGAGACCACUGCCACCAGGCUGGGAGAAGCGAGUGGACCAGCGGGGCAGGUUCUACUACGUGGACCACAACACCAGAACCACCACAUGGCAGAGGCCCACAGCGGAGUCUGUGCGCAACUACCAGCAGUGGCAGAGUCAGCGCAGCCAACUGCAGGGCGCCAUGCACCAGUUCAGUCAGCGCUUCCUCUACCAGCCGUCUGGUGCUCCGGUGGAAAAUGAUCCUCUGGGCCCACUGCCUCCUGGAUGGGAGAAGCGUCAGGACAAUGGCAGAAUUUACUUUGUCAACCACAACACACGGACAACACAAUGGGACGAUCCUCGGACCCAAGGGAUGAUCAAGGAGCACCCCCUGCCCCCGGGCUGGGAGAUGAAGUACACCGCCGAGGGAGUCCGAUAUUUUGUGGACCACAACUCGCGCACCACCACCUUUAAAGACCCCCGACCUGGGUUUGAGUCAGGGUCACGGCAGGGCGGUUCACCUGGUGCUUACGACCGCAGCUUCAGGUGGAAGUACCACCAGUUCCGUUUCCUGUGUCAUUCCAAUGCCUUGCCCAGCCACGUAAAGAUCUCGGUGUCCAGACAGACGCUGUUUGAGGAUUCAUUUCAGCAGAUCAUGAAUGUGAAGCCAUACGACCUACGCCGCAGACUCUACAUCAUUAUGAGAGGAGAGGAGGGGCUGGACUACGGAGGCAUUGCCAGGAAAUCCUCCUCGCAGGCUUUGUAUCAUGGAAAGUUCAUCGACACCGGCUUCACGCUGCCAUUCUACAAGCGAAUGCUCGACAAGAAACCCACGCUGAAAGACCUGGAGUCCAUAGACCCUGAGUUUUAUAACUCCAUCAUGUGGGUCAAAGAAAACAACCUGGAGGAGUGUGGCGUAGAGCUGUAUUUUGCACAGGACAUGGAGAUCCUCGGGAAGGUUUCCACUCACCAGCUGAAAGACGACGGAGAGAACGAGCUGGUCACAGAGGAAAACAAGGAAGAGUACAUCAGCCUGCUGACAGACUGGAGAUUCACUCGUGGAGUGGAGGAGCAGACCAAAGCCUUCCUGGACGGCUUCAACGAAGUGGUCCCUCUGGAGUGGCUUCGCUACUUUGACGAGAAGGAGCUGGAGCUGAUGCUGUGUGGGAUGCAGGAGAUCGACUUGGCCGACUGGCAGAAGAACACCAUCUAUAGACACUACACCAAGAACAGCAAGCAGAUCCACUGGUUCUGGCAGGUGGUGAAAGAGAUGGACAACGAGAAGAGAAUCCGUCUGCUUCAGUUUGUAACGGGAACCUGUCGGCUGCCUGUCGGAGGCUUCGCUGAGCUCAUAGGAAGUAACGGUCCCCAGAAGUUCUGCAUAGACAAGGUGGGGAAGGAGACUUGGCUUCCAAGAAGCCACACAUGCUUCAACCGUCUGGACCUGCCGCCCUACAGAAGCCUGGAGCAGCUCCGAGAGAAACUCCUGUUCGCCAUUGAGGAGACGGAGGGAUUUGGACAGGAGUGAUGCAGGAAACGGAUGCGAGACAGCUAAAAGAGAACACUUAAUUCAAUGGGAUAGUUUUUUGUUAUUAAUAUAUAUAAUUUUGCAUUUGUUAAUCACAGGGCUGAGAAAUCACCUGUCAUCUUUAGCCCCUCACCUGGAGGGGAUCAUGUUUGUGAACUGAAUCAUGGCAUAAAGGCGGAGCUGGGAGAUGGAGACACAAGAACAUAGAGGAAAAGUGUGAAUGCUUUCUUGUGUGUAUGUGUGUGGUUGCUCACAUUAAUGCCAUUGUGUAUAUGCAUAUAAAUGGUGUGUAUGUCUACGUGGGUUGGACAGGAUGGCACAUACAGAGAAUUAUAUUUGACUAGAGUCUCACCCCCACAUAUACACCUACUCACUGCUUAGAAACGCACCGAACCCAGACAACAGGAUAGUUUUAAUGUCAGCAGCGACUCACAACAGCACAGCUACCCGCAAAAUGCAGUAUAACAUAUCUACCAGAGAGAAAUACAUUUUUUAACAUUUUAAGGUGAUGAAAGAGAGAGAGAGAGCUGGAGAGUGUGAGAGACAUAGAGGCAGCGUGUGAGUGCAUGUGUGUGUCCAUAUACGAGAGACAGAGAGCUGUUAUCAUGACCUAGUGCGCCUCUGUUACAGAGGCUAGAGAGAUGAGAUGUGAUCUUAUUUUUUAUUUUUCUGUUACUUGUGAAAUUCAGCAUUUUUCUUCUGUACAUAACUAAAAUAAAUGAGAUUUCAAUCUUGA